GGCUGCUUUGGUGUCAGGAUUUCUGAAUUAGUUAGAUAUCCAGUUAAAUAAUAUAAUUCUAUUAAUACUUAAGCUAAUAUAUUUUCUAUCGUUUGCCGAAAUUUGUUGUUUUUUUUAUAUUGUUAGUUUAGCAAAUCUGCUUUCAUAGAAGAGUGAACGUCUAGCUGUACAACCAAAGAACCAAGCCCAGAUUUUAUUGGAUUUUCUGGAGUUAUGAAAGAAGUGAAGGCAUUUUGUUUGUUUUCAUCAAGAAUAAGGGAUUAUAUAAAUUAAAUUAGUGACAUAUAGUGAGUUAUCCGUCUCUAAAAAAACUUAAAUCAAGUAUAACCAGUCAAGUAGGAUGUGGCAGAAGUGACAAUGAGCCAAGCUCCAGCCCCGCUGCGCCAGAAGUUGGCAACCCCUCCUGCUGUGCCCCCCGUCCAUGGCCGCCCCGCUCCGCCUUCAUGUGUCACUCGCACUCGCCUCAGCAACCAUCAGCGCAAUCUCAGCCUCGAUUUUAGGUCGAUGGGCAUAGUCCUGCCACCUGUAUGUCAAGUAGCACCGGUGACUCUACACCAUCGUAACCGUAGUUUGGACUCGGCUCUACAGAGGAUACCAGAAGUGGACAUCACACCCAGUCCCGAGUGUGAACCACCACAGAACCACCCCCGGCCCCCCACCAGUCUGGGCUCCGAUGACUCUGGCAUCAUUUGCGGGUCCGAGAGAACGGGCUCCACUCAUCAAAGCGAUGAGAGCCUAGAUACAGAGGCAGCCGCUGCUAGCGUAGAGACGCAACCAACCUCUCCGGCUCAGUCUCCUCAGAGUAGCACGACCAAGGGUUUCCUUCUCCGUCUCUUUGAGUCAAAACUUUUCGAUAUGUCGAUGGCAAUCACUUACCUUUUUAACAGCAAGGAGCCGGGCGUUCAAAGCUAUAUAGGAAACAAGCUGUUUAGUUUCCCAGACUGCGAGGUAGACUUUUAUCUGCCUCAAUUGGUCAACAUGUAUAUACAGAUGCAUGACGUCGCAGAGGUCAUUCACCCUUAUUUAGUCUAUAGAUGUAGAAAAUCACCUGACUUUUCGCUAAAAUGUUCCUGGCUGUUGGAUGCCUAUAGUUCGGACGCAGCUCUUCCCUCCAAAAAGAAAUCUCAUGGAACCAAGCUCAGGAACCUGAUUCUUUCUGAUGAACUGAGACCAAGAGAAAGUGAAGGUGUCCGUCGCAAGUCUAAGGAGGGAGCCGCUCCCCCUACCCCGCCCAGUUGUUGCUCUACUGUCAAGAAGACACAUCAGCGAUCACGAUCUGACGCGUCCUUUCUGCAUUCCACCAACGGUUCACAAACUACUCCAAGUUCAAAAAAACUAAGCCUGGGAGACUUAAGUUCUGGAAGAGCUUUUGACAACGGCUGCUCUUGUUUUGAUUCAUGCCAGGGCGUUGUGAACGAUCUACGAGGGAAGCUGGUUGAAUGCACCUGUAGUGCUCCAAGACUGGCCCCUGAGCUAGAGCUGAUCAAGAGUCUCAACUGCAUAGGCAAGCUACUGUCCACUCUGGAGUCCAAGGAGGCCAAGACUACCAGACUGUUAGUGGAACUCGGCUCUCUCAACCUCAACCUCCCUGCUCGGGUUUGGCUGCCUCUGCAUGACAAACCUCAUCACAUAGUCAGGAUACCUCCGCAAGCUGCCGCCGUGCUCAACUCCAAGGAUAAGGCUCCUUACAUCCUGUACGUGGAAGUGAUAGAGGUCGAGGACAUUCAGAGCUCUGCAGUGGUUCCUCGAGUGAUGAACUCCCUCAGGCACACCAGAAGUGAGGAGAAUCUGUUGUCGACAAACAACUUCAGUCAUCCUGCAGUGACAAAUGGUGAUGACUCAGCUGACAACUGGACCCAAGAAGACGAUGAAAUCUCACAACAGUACCUACAACUGAGAAAACCUGUUGUGGAGAGAGACACAAUCUCACAGCUGUCUCUUGAGUCAUCUGACUCCAGGGAGCCUCCGAUGUUUGCAGCCGGAGACAUCCGUCGUAGACUGUCCGAGUCCUUCCAUGACAUCCGGCCCUUCACGUACGACCCUGAGGACCCUUCUGCUGCUGCUCUUAAGGAGCCGUGGGAGGAGAAGCAGAGAAGGAUCAGAGAGAGUUCCCCGUACGGGUUCCUGUCUGGCUGGCAGCUACUGUCAGUGAUUGUCAAGUGUGGAGAUGACCUGAGGCAGGAGUUGCUGGCGUCACAGUUGCUCACCAUGUUACAACGUAUAUGGCAACAGGAACGGGUGCCAUUGUGGGUCCAGCCUUACAGAAUAUUGGUGUUGUCCGAUGACUCGGGGCUGAUUGAGCCAAUCCUCAACACCGUAUCUCUACAUCAGAUCAAGAAGCACUGUCAGCUAAGUCUAGGGGAGUACUUCGCCCAGGAGUUUGGUGUCAGCAACUCAGAGUCCUUCCUGACAGCUCAGCGCAACUUUGUCCAGUCUUGUGCUGCCUACUGCCUCGUCUGCUAUCUGGUGCAGGUCAAAGACAGACACAAUGGGAACAUUUUGCUGGAUGGGGAAGGCCACUUGAUUCAUAUUGACUUUGGGUUUAUCUUGUCCACCUCACCACGCAACCUCGGGUUUGAGACUUCACCGUUCAAGCUGACGCCAGAGUUUGUCGAGGUGAUGGGAGGACUGGGCUCCGACAUGUUUGAGUACUUCAAGAUACUCAUACUGCAGGGGUUGGUGGCUGCGAGGAAACACAUGGACAAGAUCUUGACUCUGGUGGAGAUUAUGAGAACUGGUUCUCAGUUGCCGUGUUUCAAGUCCGGAGCGGCGACAGUGCAAGGUCUCAAGAACCGCUUCCAUCUGAGUCUCACGGAGGAACAGCUGCAACUGUUGGUGGAUGGCCUGGUGGAGUCCAGUAUCCACUCUCUUAGUACCAAGCUGUACGAUGGCUUCCAGUACUUUACCAACGGAAUACUCUAGUCAGAUGCAGGAGAGUGCCUUGCCCUGGUCAACGCUAGUCUUACCUCCACAGAAGCAAUACUCGACUAUACGUGAUUAUUCUCUCCAUCGCCUUCAUGUAGGUCUAGGGUAAGCAAUAAGUCAUUCCUACGAGUGCUCAAACCGCGCUUAGUUACUCCACACUUAGUUUCACCGUGCUCAAUGUAAGUGCUUAUUAUUAUUAUGAUUUAGAACACCAAUGGCAUGUAGUGUGCAACAUAAUGUUGAAGCCAAACAGUUUUCUUCAGUGAAAACACAACAUCAUUGAAAAUCAUCAAUUUUACUAUUACUUUACGGUCCAUAAGAGUUGAAGUGCCUCCUUCGGGUGAUAUUUUUCUUGCUAGAAACCUAGAAAUAAUCGAUAUACUUUAAAAAUACGGAUACGGUGUUCUAUUAUACAGGUUAUUAUUUUUUCAAUGCUGCUGAUUGUUUGCCGGUAGUACUUAAUUGCAUCUGGUUUUGGUGUUAUCAUCUUAGUUAUACAAUUUUAUAACGUUUUAUAUUUGUGAUUUAACUUACCCAUUUGGAAUAUAAUUUGUUUUUAGAAUGGGUUUGUCUACUGUUGUUUAAGGGAUAUGCUGUUUUGAUAUUAUUAAGCUAAGCAAUGUUGUGUACUGUAUAACUUAAAUUUGUACCGUCUUUUUUGCUUCGUACUACUACGUUAUUAACUACUUUCAUAUAGGACAUUUGGAUACAAUUCACAUUGUAAUUCAUUGUUCAGACCUAUAAUGAAAAGAAAAGUAAAUUCAUUUUGUAAAUAGAUUAAAUAGUAUUUUAUACAUAUUGUUAUUUAUACAAUUAUUGUAGAUACUCAAUUAAGUGUUGUACUAUAAUUAUUACAAGUGUGGCCGGUCACAGACAGUUUAUAUGUAAUGAAAUAUGUAACUUGUUAUUAUUUCUUAACAAGUUAUUGUUUGAGAACGGUGGUUAGGCACCAACAUUUUAUAAAUACCUUUUGAUAGAGGAAUAACAAAUUAUCAUUAGAAAAUUUCAAUAAUUUAAUUCAAACAAAACCCAAAGCCUAGUUAGACAUCCCCGGAUUUUUAAUUGAAAGUUGGUUACAUUUAAACAACAAAAUGUGUUUUAGUCUUAUAAAGACUUAUUUUGUUGAACAUAAAAAUAAUGAAAAACUAAAUGAAAAUGUGUUUGAUUAAAGUAAAUGGUAAUUUAAACAAAUAUUGUAAAAUGACGAAGUUAAACUUAAAUUAAUAUCCACAACUGUCAACUAAUACUAGUACAGCUGUGCUAUAUCAUGAUGCUGCUUUCUGAUGUAACUUUAACUUACUUUUUUAUAAGAUUUUAAACAGAAUGUGUAAGUUAAAUUUUAAAUAUAGCCUAAAUAUAUAUAGCCUAUAGCGGGUUUUAAAUGAUAUUUUUGUGUUACCUUUUCAUAUUAUUAGCCAAGAUUAUGAACUUUUGUUCAAAUAGUUCUUUAGGAUUAUUAUCCUAUUUUACUGUUUACUAGUACUAUGAUCAUUUGUAUGUUGGACAUUGUUCACAUACUUUAGCCUAUAUAAAGAUACAGUAAUUUGGAAAUCAUUUUGGUUAAAUAGAUAACAGCUUAUAACCGGCUGACUCCUUUUACAGGUGGUUUCACUUUUUUCAAAGUUCUGUAAAUUCUUGUGUUUAAUUUAAAAUCAUGUUGAAUUAGUUUUGGAACAAUAAUUUUGCUACAAGCCUUUUUAAAUAUUUUGUUGAUUUUACAUAAAACUUUAAAUUUUGCAAACACUGACUUUAUUAAUUUUUGGUUUGCCACUCAUUUAGAAAAAUCGCUAAAAUAGAUUUUAAAAUCCUGUUUUUUGCCUGGCCUAUUUAGAAAUUGGUAAACACCCUUACUGUGUUUUAUAAAUGUGAUUAUUUUUACAAGAGGCAUUAGAAAACUGGAAAAAAAUAAGAAACACUAAUAAGAUUUUCAAUUACUAUCUUUAUCAACAAAUCAUCAAAGUACUACCUUUAUAUUUUAUUUAGCUUUUGUUCCACUGUAGAAUAUUUUGAGUACAUAAUAUUACAUAUUGUAAAUAGUAAGAGAGUUCAACUUAUGUAGAGCUUUAAAAUUUUUGUAAGAUUUAUAAAUUUAAAAUCGAUGUACAUGAGUCCUGUAAUAUACAUAUUUUAUACUAAGAGUUUGUAAGUCGUGUCAAAAUGUGCUAUUUGUUAAAAUUAUAUAUGUAGGAUCUUGUAUAAGCUAUGAUGCAUUUCCUAGUAACAUUUGUCUAAUUAAUUUUGUAUAUUUUACUAUAAAUAAAGACCAUGUAUAGUACUUUUGUUUUUAAUUAAUAAGUUAAACGGUUAAAAAACCAAAAAGUAGUCUUAAUUAUUGGAGAUGAACAAUAUAUUUAAUAAAUAUUUAUACCUUCCCACAGUCAAGUAUAUUUUGUAAUAUUAAAAUUAGAAACUGACUAAAACAACAUGAAUUAAAUUCCUAUAAUGUUUACAUGUUGCAUUUAAAUAUUUAAAUUUCCACUUUGAAAUAUUUAUUGCGUGUUACAAGUUGUGUUUUCGUAUUGCUUAGGUGAAAAAUGUGAGUUAUUUAGUAUGCUUUAUUCUUGUAUUUGUUGUUGUUGCAUCUAUUCAAAUUAUAAAGACUUUUUAACUACUGUUGUUUAUCAUAAGAUUGUGGUGUUUUGGUUUUAGCUUGAUUCUUAAAACACACUUCCACAUCAAUUGUGAACAAAAUUAAAUACUUUAAUACUUAAUACUUUAACUGAAUGGCGACCAUACGAAGGUAAGCCAAGUAUGGAUGGAGAUGAGUGGCGGAUGAUCUUGUACAGUAGUCUUGUUACUUACUAAGGCCGACAUGUUCCUUAGACAGGACUGUUAAUUAAUAGCCCAUGAAGCCAAUGGCAACCAAGGGACCUACAGUUUAUGGUGCAAUCUGAACCACAUUUUUGCCUUGUAAUUUACUAAAUUGAUCUAAUUAACAAGAUAGUACUGCGGAUAGUCGUAGUAGGCCUACUCACUAGUGUGGACAAUAUUCCACACCAGGGAGUAUCGCAUCCACAGAUCAUGCAUAUAAAUAUCCACAAUUUGUGACCUCCAAGUAGCUGGAUUACAGGACAACGCCACUGUCCCAGUCCAUUAAAAAAAUAAUGGUUUUUAUUACAUUUAUUCAGAUUGUAUUGUUAUAAAUAUCCUUUUAAAGGCUACUAAUUGGCAAACAAGUAAAACACAUCACUUUUAAUUAUUAUGUUUAUUUAAGUUACUAACUUAAUUGUGGAAGUUGAUCUGCUUGUUUAAAUGUAUUAAUUUGUAAUUGUCUUGACUUCUCAAAUUCAAAAGCUAUUAUUGUAAGGCAGAAUAAUUAAUUGUCCAAUCAUGAGAUUUAAAGAUAUCAGUUGUGACUAAUGACUGAAACAUUUUUGAGGAACAAUUAUGACAUAAUACAACAAACGCAUAAUUUGGAUGGUUUGUCCUACAUAGUCUACUCCUUGUACAAAUUUAUCUUUGUCAUUGUUUCUAAGAAUGAUAAUUGUGUUAUACAAUUAAUUUAUUUGUUAUUAAUUUGAUAAUCAUUACAAAAAUCUAGUUUGUUUUUCUCAUAAUCUUGUUUCAGUUUGUUUUGUUGCUUAUCACACUACCGAUAAUAUUUACUGAUUAACUACAACAUAAUUUAAUUUCUAAGUAAUUCAUCAUGUUGUUUAUUAAAAUGUAUUUUAUUUUCCAAAAUAAUUUAAUCUGAAUUUAACAGAUAUUCAAAUGUAAGAAUCUGUAUGAGAAAUUUGAAGCAAUCAAAUUUCACAUCCUUUAUUGAAACAUAACACAAUGACAAUUAAUUUAUAGUAGAAGGCUUUUGUAGUUUUAUCAUAUUUUAUUUUGUAUUACUUAAUGUAUAUUAUGAAUAGUUAAACAUUGUUUCCCAAGGGGUAAUAAUGUAUUUAUUUUACUUUAAUGUAAUUUGUUUAUUUAAAAAAUUGUACAUGUUUUGUAAAUCUAUUAUUUAAACUCUUGAACAUUGUGAUUAAUUGCACACCAUUACUAUUAUUAAAACUGAGUUGCUUGUCUUGAGAAACUUAAAAUCAAAAGAUAAAUUUAAACAAGCGAAAAUUAGUAAAGCUAGAAUCAAUUGAAUUGAACUUAAGUACCGAGUUAUGUAAAUAGUUCUAAGUUUUUUUAAAUUUCUGUCCUUCAUAGAAUAGAUUUAAGAUUCCGUCUCAAGUUUAGAAUAGAUAAAUUUUAUAUAAAAUUGUGCAUUUGUAAGACUGAAAACGGGCCAUCAUGUAUUAUAUCACAUGUACCAUAUUGCAUGAAUUGCUGACAUUUUUUGAAUAAUCGUAAUAUGAUUGUUUCCUUAUGUAUUUUUUUCAAUUUUGAAUCUUUAAAUGAACUUCAUAUGUAUUAUAAAGUGUUAAUUCUUUACAAUAAAACCUCAGAUU